GAAAAGUGGCAGGGUGUAAGUGGAAUUGCUGAAGAAUGAAGUUCUCUUUUGUCAGCAAUAAGUCGAGCACUAUGAAAGCGGAAUAAGAAUGCGCCUCUAGCAUCGGAAGGGCUCGCCUUUAUACUUGUUUUUGCCGUUUUUAAUACAAUUUCGCUCAACAGGACGCAAAGAAACGAUGUGUUUCUUCAUCCGAGACAAAAGUUUAUGCUUGUGAAAGUGGGCUUCCUGUCGUUGGACCCGGAAGGCUGCUUGUCGACCGCAGAAGCUCAUCCGGAAACAGCGCGAGGAAAUGUCCGACCGCACGCGUGCAGGAGAGGACCAUCUUCCAUUGGCGGAAGGCAGUCACUUCGACCUAGCGCGGCAAGCCGCCGACGUCAUCUCACAUCUGCCCAAAAAGGAGGUGGACUGCGAUGAGGCAGAGAAGUUGCAGGAUCAUGCAGGGGCGUUGUCCAACCGCACAACUGCGGAUAAAAAUGAUACGCACGAAGAUCGGUCAGAAGUCUUCGCGUCCGAUGAUGUCUCCGAGCUGCAGAACAAAAGCUACUCGACGUCCUCGUCGCUGCCCCCUUCGAACAAGAAACUGCCGUUGGGAAGAACUACAAAAUCUACCAGCACUCCACGCAUGAAGCCCUGGAUUCUGAAAAAGCUGUUUACCAAACAAGACCGGACCCUUGCGCAGGCGUUUCCGGCGAACCUGCUGACCGAUGCAAUCACGGUGGUGCAGUACCUUAAGAAGAAGAAGGAUAUCCUCGCGAAAUUCGGACCAGAUUGGGUCCAAAGAAUAGAAUCCGCGAUCGCGAAGCACACCGAGUUUGACUCCAUCGCAGCCCUGGGCAAGCAGCUCGAGCAGUGGCGGGUGGAGGCGCAAACGGUGGGCUUCAAUGCGGACGCGUACUACACGGAAAAGAGGGUCGCCGGCUACACUGCGCACUUGACGUCAAAUCUUCACACGAAGGGUAGUGGUUCUUCUCUUUGCACCACCACGGGGGGAACAACUGAGAUGAAAAACGAAGCUGCUGCCUUUUGUUCAACAUCGACGGAGGUGGGUGCCGUAGUUGCCGAUCACGAAGACCAGCAGGACCUGCACUGCGACAGACAGAACAAGGAGCAGCACCCUUGCAAAGCCCGGAAGCUGGAGGACGGGACUGCGAAAGGAGUCGGUGCAUCAACCGGCAAAAUAAAAAACCGCGACACAGCAUUGCUUCCAGUGCCCGCGUCCAGUUUCUCCAAAACAAGAAGUGGGACGAGAAGUUGUACUAGUAUUACCUGCAGCUCCACGCAGCUAUCCGUUCGGGCAGUUGUUCCACCCCCGGUGGAACCAGCGCAAGACACCACGGGAAGCUCGCAGAUGGCUCUGGCGCAGAUCUGUGUGGGCUGCUUGAAUUGGGAGAAGGACGACGUCGUGGCGCUGGAGGAAGGGAGGGCAACUUUGUGGCAGGACUGGGAGAUGAAGAGGAUGGGCGCGCUGGGAGGAAAAAAAAUUGAAGAACAAUUAUCGGAGGAGAAGAUGUUGAAAAGGAACAGCGGAGGACCCGCAGCUACGGUUUCCUCGUCAUCGCCCGUGGCUCAGAACAAUUUUUCGAAAGUUCGGUCUUCAGGAGAACAAAUCGAGAAAGACCCGACCAAGAAAAUGAAUGCCAAAAUAAAUCCCCCAGCACCGGAAAAUAAGCUAAUCACGAAAAAUAAAAGGGAAGCCGCGACGGAAGGAACUACAACCUCUUCUUCCCCCCACGACCCCGCCAAAAAAUCAUCCACUUUCCUGGUCGCGGAUUUCGGGUGCGGAACGGGGCUCAGCUCCCACGCGUUCCCGGCGAACAGUUUUGUCCUGGGUGUGGACGGGUCGUCCGCGAUGUUGAACCGUUGCACACUCGGGGGCAGGUACGGCGGAGACCGAAUUUUUGCCGACUUGUCCCAGGGCGUACCUUUCCGGGCGAACGUACUCGACGCGGCGAUUUCCGUUGCGUGCGUCCACUACCUGUGCGUCCGCGGCCCGGACGACCGACCUGGGGAAGAGCGGGUGCGGCGCUUGUUGGACUACCCGAUCCGGGACAACAACUACUGCUACCAGUUUUUCAAGCACGGAGACCUGACUCUGGACCAAAUCGCCGCGAAGUUGCUGCAUGCGGCGAGGAAAGGCGAAGAUGAGCGGGAGCUGGGGCGGGCGCAGGAGAUAGAGGAAGAUGUUGAACAAAACCGGGAAGAUGUUGAUGUUGAUCAACAUCUUCCUCAAACUGCUAGUAGCACACAAGCAACUACUGGUGCCAAAAAAACCUACCCCGUGCUGGUCCGCGACUUCCCCCACCUGAAGGACCAUCAGGAGCGCAUGUUUCUCGUCGGCAAUUCGGGCGUGGGCGACUGCAACUUUCCGUACUGCAAGCUGUUUCAAGACGACCAAUUGUAUCUGGAGCGGAACACGUACACGCGGGCUGUUCUGGACGAGGGCAAGUGUGGUCUUCGUGGGGUGGAAGUCAAAGAGAACGGAUCUGUUCAACCACUUGUUCCGGACAGAAUUAUCGCGGAUCAUGAAAAGCCGGUGCAGAAGUGCGGCGUGGAGCAGACUGUGAAAUUUUUGCAAGUGGAGUACGCAGAAGUAAGCUCAUUAUGCCAGUUGACAUUGCUGCAGCUCUUCCAUGCUCGGGAGUCCUACAUCCGGUACAAAAAAUGCGGGGCAAUUCACCCGGAAGAUGACCACAAACGGGAAUUGGAGGCGAAUUUGCUACUGGAUAGCGAACGGGGGUACUACGAAGAGUCUGCGGACAGGAGAAAGCUACGAACUUACAAUCCCGAACCUGCUCGGACCCCUAGUGCCCAAAAGCCGCGAACGGGCCCUCCACACCGAUUGGAAAAGUUGGAGAAGUCGUCCCCUUGUCCCUUGACGUCUACUUCUAUUGCGGACGGGGAGUCCGCACUGGAAGCGGACGCUACUUCUAUUGCUUCUUCAACCAUUUCACCAAAGCCGACCAUGAUUACCGUGACCGGACUCACCACCCACAGGCAGUGGGCCAAAAAGCUAGUCGAAGGCGUUUUCGGCGGGGAGGAGGCCGUAAAGUCGGAGAAUUUCCGAAAGAUCGCGGCUUUCCUGCAGGACCAUUUCGACUGGACGGUGCGAAAAUACGUGAAACAGGUGUCGCACUUCAUUCGCAAGGUGAAGCACGAACAGCAGCGGGUUUUCUCAGAUAAGUCUUUCAUCAAAGUUGCCCGCCUGGAUACGGCGAAAAAUUACGCCGAUCUGCUCGCCAACCACUGGGCGCCGAUUGUGCAGGAGUACCAUUUUCACGACAUGGGGGAGUUCGACAGCGCAACGAUUGCGAAGGCCGCGCGGGUGCGAACAGAGCUGAUCAAAAACUGGAAGGAACCGCAAGAGUGUCAAUUACAUCUAUGGUGGAAGGAGGGUCGGCUGACAUUGCAGGAUCCUUGGGACCUUUUCGAGCGGUUGAUGCAGGAGCAGACCGAGGAAACAAGCGAUCAGCACGGCUACCGUUGCGGUCAUCAUCCUGGUCAUCAUCCCACCUCGACGGAUGUUCUUGAGGACGUGCGCGAAGAGAAGAGUGUUUUUGCGGGAGGACCACAGCUGCAGACGAUGGCUCAGCGGAGACGGCUCAUUUUGUCGGUACUGAAAACGCUGAAUUUGAACUAUCCCAAUAGCGCAAAGAGGCUGCGCACCGUGAAGGAUGAAACCCUCGCGAAAGUGUUGGCUGUAGGAAGUUACGAUACGGUGUGCGGCUAAGCUGAUUAUUGGAUUGUUCUUGCACAUCACCUUUGGUUGAGUGUUAAAGUAUCUUGAAGUGACAGUGUCACCACGGCCAAUUUUUUGCGCAUAGCCAGUAAAUCUUCUAAACGUGUAGGCAGUGUGAUAAGUACCGUGAUUGCAGCAUAGGAAAGCUCGAGUGAUAAAAAUCGCUGCAAAUUAUAUAUAAAGCAAGGUACAGUAGACACACACAAGAAGAACAUAUUUCUUUUAGGUUUUCAAGAAGCCAUACUAGUUCACUCCGCCAUGCGUACUAAAUCCACACACUGUCAGGAGGAAAGAACCUUCCGAAAUUGUAAAAGCGACAUUUUCUUGGCGACAAACUACAGCCUGGGGUGAUGAAAGCAUCACAAAGCCUAAGCCUUGCUUGUUUUCAUCUCUUGAUUAACG